AUGGCGCGACCAUUUCCAAAUACCUUUGACGACCAGUCGCCCAUGUCCCCCCAGUCCGGGUCUAAUACACCGAUUUCAUACCGCGCAAAUGUGAAUCGGCAGAAGACGAAGAAAUGGGCUACUGCGAAGGCGGUUGACUAUGGUGGAGACGAUUGGGGCGACGACGAUGAUUACGAUUACGACUACGAUCCUUCUCCUCCGCCGCCUCCAGUCGCCAAACCUACUGGCUUCCGACAGCAAGGUCAAGCGCUGCCAAAUGCGAACACGCAGAGAGCAGGACCAACCCCUCCACCACCCCAGGCUGACAAUAGCAAGAAGGCAUAUGGCGACUUACCGGCUCUUCCCGGCCCAAGCAAUGCCAGAGGGCGCUCCAAUUCCUUCGAGGCGGAUGAAGAGAGGAACUUCUCGAAUAACACCGUUCGUCAGGAAUCACCUUCCACAGCAAAUGCUCCCGCGAAGGGCCACGGCCCCGCAACACGAUUUUCUCAAAUAACGGGAAUGCCUUCUACUCGGGCCCCUAGUGGUCCUCCGGCGCUCUCAAUCUCGACACAGGACCAGCAGUUGCCAAAGACUGGUUUACGGAAGCCAAACCAAACCUUCUCUCCUAUAUCUGAAUCUCCCGUUCCCAAUCCAUCCCACCUUACCAGACAAAGCACUGGCGAAGUGACAACACCGUCAGACGCCACCCCCGCAUCCGAUAAUCAAUCCUCGACAAGCGACUAUCAAGCUCGACGAGACUAUUCUCCUUCUGCCGUCCCCCCUCCGCUUUCAACCCGGGCGUCCCCCGCACCCCAGGGCUCGAACGACCCGGCCUCAGCUGGCGCAAAGUUUCCCGCGCGGAAGAGUAGCCUGAGCCAGUCCACACCGCCGAAUAUGUCUGAUAUUAUGCAGCCAUCCCAGGAGCCUUCUCAACCUAAGCCAUGGAAUGCCGGCCGGUCUUCAUCACCUGGUGUUGCUGCAAGACCCCCUUCCGUGGAAUCUGCUACGACUCGGCCAUGGAGUGCUUCUGAUCGAUCCUCGUCACCCGGUGCUGCUGCAAGACCUCCUACCAAGCCAGCCGGCAAGACCCUUCCGUUUAUUCGACCUGCAGACAUAUAUAAGCGCGUUGAAGAGGAGCGUGAGAGGGCGCGGCAAUCGAUGGAAUCGGGUAGACCUAGUAUGGACUCGGUGUUGGGCACGAAAUCAAGUGAUAGAUCAGCAUCUCCAGCGACCCGACAACCACGGGAACAGUCUGGCUCUGAAAACCUGGCUGAUAAUGGUAGACGCUGGGCAAGUGCAGAGGCAGAGGAAAGUUCUGAUUCCGGAAGGCGUCUGAUGCCAAUGCUCGAGCCAGUGAAGGAGAGAAAGUCCGAGUACGGCUUUGAUGGGUUUAAUAUCGAUGAGCAGGCCAAACAGCACGCCCCGGACCAUAGCGAUGCACCCGAGGGGUCUGGAGCACCUAUAACUGCACCGGUUGAUGAUGAGAUACCCCGGAAGCAGUCGGUAAGUCCGAAGCUCCCGGAUUUGAAUCGUAUUUCUGGCUUCGGAAUAGACAUGUUCUCCCAGCCAAACCGUGAGGUUCAAGACCAGGCUGCUCCCAAACCCACAGAAAGUACAACUGCCGGUCAGGAAAUGGAACCUACACUCCAAGCUCGACCUUCCAUCGGCUUAAGAUCGGUUGUCCAUCAGGCGUUUGAUAGAACAGACGAUUCUUCGGUCCCUGACACCCCAGCUAGCGCAGUCCGAAGAACUGACAGUGAGAGCACUGGUACAACUGGGAUCAGCCCUAUUAUGAGCCGAGUACCUAGUACUGCUAUCCCAGAAAGCCGAAACCCAGACUUUACUACGCCUUCUAUCCCUGAAGCCGUAAAUGAGCCGAAGUCACCGACAGGUUCAAGCGCCGCCACUGGUGAUGUCACCCAUUUAGCGGAGUCCGCAUCACUACCACAACCAGCUAUCCCAGGCUUCAAGCCAGGUCAUCGUCGCGAUAUCAAUACGCCCAGUCCUGGAAAUAGCCCAGCCAGAAGCCUGGAUUUGACAGACGGCACUGUGAAUCCCCAGGGUCAGAAGGUCAUCAUUUCGGAUUCGAGUCCCACUGAUGAUAACGAUAACGAGACCCUACAGCCCCCAGAGCCAGGAACGGAGCGCCCACCAAGCCUUCGCCCCGUCAUCCCUGGUGGGUGGACAUCUUAUGAUUCAACGGAAAAGAGCGACACAACUCAUCCAGACGCUGCACGGGCCCCUGCAGCUGAGACGGAAGCUCCUCCCACCGCGGAAGCUGGUUCCCGUGAGCAGGACGAGGACGACUCGAAUAUUACCCCAGCAACUACCAAACAUCCUUUACCGAAAUCAGCUCUAGAAGCCUCUAUAGCUGCUGUUGGUCUGACAGAAGCGGCGGGAGGCACUCUUGAAACGGCUGGCGAGAGAAACGUAGAGGUUGAGCAAAACCCUGCCGUUCCGACAGUCAUGCCUGUGAAUGAUAGUCUUCCAACCCCAGAUCCUGCAAAGGCUCCGAGUGGCAGCCUCGACUCUGGUUUGAACCCGAGACUGUUACCAAAACUGGAACAGGCGCCUGCGGCAACUCAGUUGCGUCCAGAUACCGUACAUCGAGCUAUCUCAGAUGAGUCGAGUGUUGGGCCAACACCGCCACCGAAAGCUACCCCUCAGGGCUCAACUAAUGCUCUUGAGUAUUUCCCACAAGCUCCCCAGCCAUUAGAAGAGGAGAAAUCUUUACCUACAUCCGGGCCGCAGGCUCUGCCAACCUUAAACGUAGACAAUCAACCCGAAGAUGUGGAAUACGCCACAUUAGCCAAGGGCAACUUAGCAAAGUCUGUUCCCGACAUUUCAGACACCCCCGGUCAUUAUGACGAGUCAAGGUUAUCAACACAGCUGCAUGAUAGCGGAUCAGGAGGCCAGGGGAGGGAGAGUACAUAUUUGCCAAGCGAGUAUGACAAUUACUGGGCAUCUACAGCAGAUGAUCAGGAGCAAAUUGCUGAAUCUACGCGUUCCCCGAUUGAGCAGAAUCAAAAUAUUGAGAGUUCACCGGCUAUCACAAAACCGAUCGGCGAUACUGAGUUCCAGAGUCCACCGAUAGCAAUUCUAAACACGGGAACUAUGGCACAGCGAGUUACCCAACCUGGGGAAUCGCGCCUAAAACACCGCUUCUCUUGGGAACGGAGUUCUGAAGAUGUUUCCGAAAUCAUUCCACAGGGCACAUCUAGAUACGCAUCCAACCCAAACCACGAUGCCAAUGUCACUCAAGCUCUGCCGAAUCAGGUCAUCCCACCCUACGUUACUGAGCCCAAAUCCCUAGCCUCAGAAUCAGCAAAGCCAGAGCAUACACCAAAUACCGCGGCAGAGCUGAGUCACCAGGAGGACCAAGUUGAGAGAUCAGCUACUCCCCGUACUUUAUCCCAGGCAGAGGAUUACCAUGUCGGUAGAGACGCCGCAGCUUUGGCAGGACCAGCAAUCUUAGGGGCUGCCGCGGCUGCGAACGCGUCUAACCAAGAUCCUAGCCGUCGACUUUCGCUGGCUGACGAGAAUGAUCCCCGAUCCUCUGCUUAUGGCGCAUCGCAGACACCCCCAGUGGAUGAACACCCUUCGAGAUCCUCCCAACCUUAUUUCCUACCUCCAGCCGACCAACUUUCAAACCCGUCGCCAAGCACUGUCUCGCCAAUCAAUUCACCUUUACACCCGCUACCCGCCCAGACUGGCAGAAUUUUGGCGUUUAAGGAGAUUGUCGACCUAAAGUCGCAACAGCAGCGAAUUCAAACUUUCGACGAAACAAGACACCGUUACGCAGCCAUGAACUCCGGUUUGGAUGAUUGGAUAUCGACGCUUAAAGCACAACAUCCUGAACAUGCUGACGUAACUGGAUUGUGGACAGAAUCAGGGUCCGGUAUGGCUGGUGGACCGGCAAGAUCGAGAUUUUCGAAGCCAAUAGGUGUAGGAGCGCCACCAUUGCAGCAACCGUAUUACCAGCAGUACUUAAAUGCGAGCUCUCCAAUAAGCCCAACAAAUCCAGCAUCAAAUCCAACAUCAAGGCCAGGCUCAAGUAUGCCUAAUACAGGCGCUCAACAAGGCUUCUCUCCUAGUGGAAGUAAAUUGACCAGCCAGCAAGUCCAAGCAAAAGGGAAGGAGCUGCUUCAUACAGCUGGUAUUUUCGGAGGAAAGGCAGGGAAAGCAGGGAAAGGGCUCCUCGCCAAGGGCAAGAGCAGAUUUCGAGGAAGUGGUGGCGGAGACAAGGCAGACAGCCCAGUCAAGUCCAAAGCCGAGCGACGGACCUCAUGGGGGAUCCCUCUCACCCUCUCGCGUGCUUCCGGGCGCCAGCAACAAGAAAUACCAGUAUCAAAGAUAGAUGAGGGGCAAACCCCUACUACUAUUACCACGCCACAGCAACCCCUCUCCCGCAAGCAAUCUACUGACGCAGCCGGGGAUCCUUUUGGGAUGAGUGGAGCCAUUCCUCAUAUAAGCCCUCCAGUAUCUCGUCAUAGCGACUCGUCUGUCUCCCGCGAUGUCUCCAAUGCAGACAAAGAUACCGUCGAGGUAGAUAGUGGCGAUAAACUUGGGGUACCUGCGCCUAUUUCUAAAUACCAGCCCUCUUGGGAUCCAUUUAAUGCCACUCCUAUCGCCGAGGAAGAAGGGUUCCGAUACGAUGUAGAUGCAAACCAUCACCCAUCCGCCUCAGAAGCCGAGAAUAAGUUGGCAAAUCUUGAAGAUGCGCCAGUUAGUGAGCCAUCGAAUAAUGAUGGCACGCGCCUUUAUUCUUCGGGGGAUGAGGAGGAGGACGAGGAAGAACAUAAUACUUCAAGUGAUUGGGUUAUGGUAUCUCCAGAACCGGAUAUGAAGGAUGCCCCGGAGGAAGUAGCACCAGUAGAGGCUCAGCCGGCAGAUGUUCCUACGACGAGCAUACUGGAUAGGCCACGCGGGAGCAUGAUUGAAAGCCCAUCGCUGGCGCAGCAUCCAAUUCCAACUAACAUCUCACAUCCUGUCACCACUUCGUCUGACCUUGCUGUUACUUCUCAUGACUUAGCUAUCACUUCCUACGAACCGGUGGCCGCUCCUCAUGAGCCGGUUACCACUUUUUACGAGCCAGCGGCCGUCGAGGCUUCCCAGCCAGGCUCUCAGCAGCAAAGUAGCUCAACGUCAUUUCUUCCACCUAUUCGUCGCACUUCCACAUUUGGUAUCAAGAUUGGCUCUCGCCACAAGAAACAAAGGUUCCCAAUUGAGGAUGAAGAAGUUUCGGAUCUUGAGGGGGAACAACCUACUCCUACGGAUCGUGGAGCUGAUAUCGGCAUAGCUGAUGAGAGUGCUGCAGUCUCAAGUGCUGCUUCUCCUGGGACUGUCAAAUCUGUUCUGGAACCUGCAGCUCCGGCCGAACCUCCAGAGGUUCCGCAUGAACAGUUUUCUACUGGAGAGGCUGCUCCAUCAGGAUCGGAGCUUGUGCAGCAAGCCAACCCUCGCGAAGUUCCAGAUGAACAAUUUUCUACUACAGGCGGUACUCCAUCAGAACCACAACGUAUGCAGCAGACCGAUCCUCGGGACAUUUCCUAUGGGCGGUUCCCUGCUACGGAAACUCCUUCAUCGAUAGCACAACCCAUGCUGCCAAGCUUCCCUGAUGGAUAUAGCCAGCGUACGACGACUCCACAAGAGGAUCCCAGGUCAUUUUCUUUUACAACUUCUCGUUCUCAGGAUGUACAUCCUGGCAUUUCUAGAGCUAGAACAUCACAAGAUUCAUGGCGGCCAAAUGUAGCAUCACCGCUUUCCAACGUCCCUCAAAAUCAGGGGAAUCAAGGACCACCUUCCAUUCCGCGAAACUCUUGGGAGCCUCAACGGAAUCGUGGAUGGUCUGGAUCAAGCCAGAAUUUCACUCACCGACCUGAUGGCAACUGGGCACCACCCCUUCAGCCGAGAUCACUCGAGCAGCCUCCAUCGUCGGCACAACGUUACCCGGAUCUCUUCCGCCCUGAUGCUGGACCAGAUAUCCAAGGGGAUGGUGGUGAACUCCCAGCGCAUUACUACCAACAACCCAUUCCUCGUGAAGCAGCCUUCCUGCCAAGGCAGCAGACUAAUGAGUACCAGCUCCCAGGGGUUGGACCUCCCCGGGAAGAGCCACGUCCUACCGGAUCAAAACGCAAUUCAGGAUUCUUCAAAGACCUAGGCGAGAGAAUCUCUCAUGGCACCGUUAGAGAGCGGCCAGAUUCUCGUUCUCGUGACCGUGGCCCAUUGCCUCUUAUAGCUCCUCCUGACUCGCGGGGAAAGGAAUAUACCGACUCUAUUGGGGCUUCGGAAGAUGGUGGGGAAUACAACAGGCGCUCAAGCCUUUUCGGAAGUUUGAGCCGUGCUUCUACAACUGGCUUGGCUCCUCCUCAGAGCCGUGAUAGCAUGGUAGCCCACCAUUCCCGCUCGCGAACCGACCUCUUAGCAUCUGCAUCACCAUCACCUGAACUGCCUGAGAAGAGGCGUUUUCUCUUUGGGGGUAAUUCUGGGGAACCAAAACCGAAGCCAAAUAAACUUCAAAGAUCAUCCACCUCCUCGGAGAUGGGCGACGAGUCUGGUAAGAAAAAACGUUUCUCGGGAUUGGGUGGAUUGUUUAGCAAAUCUGGGAAUGCACCAAGAGCCUCUAUGCCGCCGCCUCCACGCCCACAAGCCACGAGGCAGCUGUCUUAUAAUGAAAGACAGCCGAUUGAGUCACCGCCGUUCGACCCAAGAGCUGCUUCAAGUUAUGCUCCCCCCAAUAAUAAUCUCCGGCCUGGGAGCCAGAAUCACCGCUCAAUGACGACCGGUGGAACUGGAGCAACUGGCCAGUCAAGAAAUUUGCUUUCGAAGUUUCGACAGUCACAGCCUGCUCCUGCUCCUUCACAGGAACCUCGCAAGAGCAGUAGGAGUAAGACCCGUCGGGCUUCUGCUUCUGCUUCUGGCUUGUUGAAUGGAAUCAUUGGCCGUGGGUCUCACCAACAGGAAAGAGACCGGGACGACUCAUCACGCUCAGACGAGAGUCAGCCCCAUCGAUUCCUUCAGCCUCUGCCUCCUGCUCAGACAUAUACCGACCUACAAGCACCGGCACCGGCACCAGCACAACCGCAACCGCAGCCUUAUCUGCAAGAAUCAGUACCACCACCACCAUCUCAACCGCAACCACAGCCGUAUCUGCAACAAUCAGUACAGCCGCAGCCAUAUCUGCAGCCCAUCCCUUCACAGAAUCCGGCAUACCAGCAACCCAUCCCUUCACGGAGCCCGUCAUGCCAGCAACCUGACCGUGGGCGUCAUACUGCCACGGAGCCAGCUUAUGAUAAUGUCCCCAUCCCAGGUGGAUAUUCCUUGGUACGAGGCCAGGGAGCUAUGAGUGCCCCCACCGACUAUGACCCAAGGGGUUUCAACCGCUUCCAACAGGCCGAUCCUCGAUAUAUCCACCCACAAACAGUCAGCCCCCAUCAGUACAGCAAUUCGCCUGUGCAAAGAUACUCUCCGCAGACGGUUAGUCCAGAUCAAUAUGGCCGUGCCCCAUUCCAGGGGCAAGUUGCGCGAAGUAAUGUAUCUCCACAACAUAUUUCUCCGGCCAUGCAAAGGCAUUAUCCCCAGAGCGUCGAUCGAUCACAAUACCAGGCUCCUCCAGUACAACACCAACAGGUGCCAUACCUCAGUGAACCAGAACCAAGAGGUAGACCCGGUAACCCUAGAGCUCUCGAGACACUCGAAGGACGUACCACACUCCGCCGCUUAAGUCGUGAAGACCUAGUAGCUCGCUCGCCCGCACGCACACCAGAUGGUCAGCAACCACCCUACCAACUUACUCUCCCGAACAAUCAGCAAGAUGAUGAUGGGGAUCGCCCGCCUCCCAUUGAUAAGGAUCUCACCAUCGACACAAGUGGUCGAGCUCGCACAACCCCAACUCGAGCACAACCACAGCAUGAUUCUAUCCAGCGUCUUCAACAACCGGUCAUCCGCCACCCUGGUUCACCAGCUAGCUACACUGUCCCCGACACUGUCUUCUCCCCAGUCAACCCCUCCGCCGAAGACAUUCCACCUCCACCACCGCCCAAAUACCAAUUCAACCUCGACCCCCAAUAUCGAGGUCAUUCCCACUCCUUAUCACAAAAUGAUAGUCUGAACGUGAGUAUGGACCUGGAUCGCUCUAAUACAGUUCGGAGUGGAGUCUCUCAAGUUUCGAGGAUGUCGGCACUUCCAGAUGAGAGGGCGGAGGACUCGGGCAUGCCUACCGCAGAGGAGAAGGAAAUGGGCCUUGUCCGGAGUCCCAGCCCACCGAGCCCUAUUGUAACGCCUGAACUAAGGAAAAGCCCUGUGAUUCCGCCGGAAGAAACGGACAGAGGGAGAAGCGAUGAAACGAAUAGAGGUGGUGAGGAUCUGCUGAAGAUGACUGUUGUAGUGCGGGAGUCGAGCCCGGAUUUAUAUGAUGCUAGUCCGCGGCUGCCUAUCCAAGGCGGACAUGCAAACCGCGAACCUGGUGAUCUGGCUGUUAACACAAACCUAUCCUCGACUAUCGAAGCGCAACGUACCCCGACUAAAACCUCACACUCCGGAGCAGCAGGGAUUGAAGACACGCCACCCGAUAGACGACUAGCCAUGGCACAGGAAGAAAAGAUCGUCUACGAUGGUGAUGCUGCGGAUACUGGAGAUGCGCAGAAUGAUGAUGCCCCGGUGACGAUGAGUGCUACUAGUUAUCCGGGACAGGAAUGGAAUCCCUAUGGGAUGGGAAAUUACGAAGACGGACCUGAUUGA